AUGCGAUGAGAUGAGAUACGAGGUAGAUUGGAGUUUUGAAUUUUAACCCGACAAACGACAAUCGGGAUUCUUGAAAAAAAGUCGGAGGUACAAAACUCAUCUCUAUCUAUAGCUCGUUAUCUAUCUCUACUAACCUGUGGAAUUAACUACGUAAAACCCCAACUCAACUCAACUCAACUCAACUCAACUCCUUUCCCUCAUUCCUCUAACUAGUGUAGUCUCUUCCCCGACACUUGUUCUUCUAACAUAAAUUUUUCUCUUCCCCAGAAUUUACAUCUCAUAUUAUAUAUUCGAAAAACAGUGAUUAUUCUGUUUUAUUUCAGUCAUUUGUUUAAUUAAUUAAUUUGUAUCUAUCCUUAGUUUUUAUUAAUGUAACAGAUAUUAGGGUUUGGUCGAGUUUGAGGGAAAAAGGGGGUUUUGUUUUGGGGAGUUGGCUUUUGGCUUUGAUGGGGGUAAUAAUAGUGAGUGAUGUUACUUGCUACUACUCUUUAGGACAGUUUCUUAGUGCUGAUCUCUUGAUAUCUCCCUCCGAUUAGUAUUUCUUUUAAUUUUGUUUCCACUUUUUAUCCCUUCAUUCUUUUCUGGAAGCUUGAGAUUAUUGUUAUUAUUAUUAUUAUUAUUAUUAUUAUUAUUCUUAUUAUUAUUAUUCUUGAAGCUUGAGAUUUCGAUAUCUGAAUCAUGGUUCUCUCCACUUGUUUUUGAAUUGAAAUAGAAUUUAGUGCAAAUGAAAGAUGAUUUGAUUUGGAAUGGGAAAAUUUGUUUGAGAGUUUAAUUUAUCUUGGUGGGGUGGGGUGAGUUUUAGAGAGAGAGAGAUAUGGAAGGGGGAAGGCGGAUAUCUGCAAGCCCACGGGGGCCAUGCAGUGGUAUGAGGAGGCGGGUGUUGGCGAAUAAACGUCCCCGAGCUGACUUUGUAAACAGUGUGAAGAAGCUGCAAAGGAGAGAGAUUUCUUCUAAGCGCGACCGUUCCUUUUCCAUGACCAAUGCUCAGGAGAGGUUCCGCAACAUGCACUUGACGGAGGAAUAUGACACUCAUGAUCCUAAGGGCCAUUGUUCACUGGUACUGCCUUUCUUGAUGAAGAGGACAAAAGUUAUUGAGAUAGUCGCAGCACAUGACACCGUCUUUGCUCUUGCACAUUCUGGUGUUUGUGCCGCUUUUAGUAGAGAGACAAAUAAGAGGAUAUGUUUCUUGAAUGUUAGUCCUGAUGAAGUCAUUCGAAGCUUGUUUUACAAUAAGAAUAAUGAUUCACUUAUCACAGUUUCAGUUUAUGCCUCAGAUAACUUCAGCUCAUUGAAAUGCAGAUCCACGAGGAUUGAGUAUAUACAGAGGGGGAAACCAGAUGCUGGGUUUCCUCUUUUUGAAUCCGAGUCUUUGAAAUGGCCCGGUUUUGUGGAAUUUGAUGAUGUUAAUGGAAAAGUUCUUACUUACUCGGCUCAAGAUAGUAUAUACAAGGUGUUUGACCUAAAAAACUAUACAAUGUUGUACUCUAUAUCAGAUAAACAUGUACAAGAAAUCAAGAUCAGUCCAGGCAUUAUGUUAUUGAUAUUCAAUAGAGUUCAAAGCCAUGUUCCUUUGAAGAUACUAUCAAUAGAAGAUGGCACUGUUCUUAAAGACUUCAAUCAUUUACUUCAUCGCAAUAAGAAGGUGGACUUCAUAGAACAAUUCAAUGAAAAGCUUCUAGUCAAGCAAGAUAAUGAGAAUCUCCAGAUUCUUGAUGUGCGCAAUGCUGAACUUAAAGAAGUUAGCAGAACUGAGUUCAAGACUCCAUCAGCUUUUAUCUUUCUUUAUGAGAACCAACUGUUCCUGACAUUUAGAAAUCGAACUGUUGCUGUUUGGAACUUCCGCGGAGAGCUUGUUACUUCAUUUGAGGAUCACCUAUUGUGGCAUCCAGACUGCAAUACUAACAACAUUUAUAUAACGAGUGAUCAGGAUCUUAUUAUUUCUUACUGCAAGGCUGAUUCCGAUGAUCAUUGGAUGGAGAGAAAUGCUGGGUCUAUCAAUAUCAGCAAUAUCUUGACUGGGAAAUGCUUGGCUAAAAUAAAUGCGGGCAAUGGCAGUCCUAAAGUUGAUGAGUACUACAGUAUUGACAGCAGCUCAAAGAAGCAACAUCACUCUUAUCAUAUGAGAAACACAGUUGCGGAGGCAUUAGAAGACAUAACAGCCCUUUUCUAUGAUGAAGAACGAAAUGAGAUCUAUACUGGUAAUCGGCAUGGUUUGGUUCAUGUGUGGUCUAACUGAAGAUCAUGCGACUUUUGUACAUGAUGCUAUGGAAUUGUGUUUCCAGAUGAUAAUGAUCAUUUCAUUAGGCUUCCCCUAUCUAACUUUUUGAUGUAUUGUAUCAUUAGACCACUUGAAGUGUUCACUCAAAUUUGCCUUCUGUAUAUGUAUAUUUGGGAUAUAUUUGGGGAUAUGCUUGUUUGACAUGUAAUGAAGGCGAUAAAAAGUAUCAGAGCUCUGGGCAACCUGCAGGAUUUACAUAUGUACUCAUCUUAUGCACAAUGUUUUCAAUUUUAUUUGAUGAUUCCUACGCACUGAAA